GGCGCGGCGGCGGCGAUGGGCGGCGGGGCGCGGGAGCUGGCCGGGUACCUGGCGGCCCUGGCCGGCUGGGUGGCGGGGCUGGCGGCGGCCGUGCUGCCGCAGUGGCGGCAGAGCUCGUACGCCGGGGACGCCAUCAUCACGGCCGUGGGGCUCCACGAGGGGCUGUGGAUGAGUUGCGCCGCCCAGAGCACCGGGCAGGUGCAGUGCCGCCUGCACGACUCGCUGCUCUCUCUCGAAGUUCACAUCCAGACAUGCCGGGCUCUCAUGGUCAUUUCUCUCCUCCUGGGCUUCUUUGGCAUCAUCGUGAGCGUGGUGGGCAUGAAAUGCACUAAAGUUGGGGAGGAGGAUCCUGUCACCAAAAGCCGCAUAGCUGUUGCUGGAGGUGUUCUCUUCGUUCUCUCUGGUCUGUGCACACUGGCUGCCGUGUCGUUGUAUGCCACACAGGUGACCUAUGAGUUCUUCAGAGAGAGCACCAUCCCCAUACACACUAGGUACGAAUUCGGCUCUGCUCUCUUCGUGGGCUGGGGGGCCGCCAGCCUCUCCAUGUUGGGGGGGUCCCUCCUGUGCUGCUCCUGCCCUGCCAAGGAGCACCGAGGACAGCAGUACCAUCAGCAGUCACAGCCCUCCACAGCCCGCGAGUUUCAGCACCAUUUUCAGUGCCAGCCUCUGAAGUAGAGGUUUUAAGUGUCACACCUGUCAUAUCCAUCAUUGCUGUGUUCUGCUCAGCUGGGCGGGGUGGUACCCCCAGCCCCACAUCAUGGCCACGCCAUCUCUGUCUGUCACAGGGAUUCUCUGGGGGUGGUGCAGGGAGGUGAUGCCAGUGGCAAAGGGGCACAGAGCCAAUUGGCCAAUCCCACAGGGAUUGUACCAUGGCCACCCCUCUCUCACACCCUGGUUUCAGGAGUAAGUGGGGAGGAAAGCCAGAGUUUGGUUUUCCUUGGAUGAGGUUUUUACUUCUAACAGCACCAGCCCAACUUGGAGUUCAAGCAUCCCUACACCCCGUUCUUGGCAGAGGAAUGCUUUUAGGAUGCAGCAUUGCCCUUCCUCAUUGCUACUGGAAAGCAACAGUUUAAAAUUAUUAUUAAUUAUUAUUCAGUUUAAAAUUAUUAUUAAUUAUUAUUGAUUCCUUCCUGGAGGCCAGUUGUUCCAGCUGAGCUCUGCCAGCCCAAACCUGCCUUGGACUCAUUCCUGUCCAGGACCAGGCUGUGCCUUGUUAAACAAUGAAUGGGUUUCAGCAAAUUAAAGCAGCAAAAAGAGGGUCUGAACAUAAAUUAUUUGUUUUUGGUUACAGAUGGACAGAGCCCUGAAUUUUGGUGCCUCCCUGCUGGGUCCAAAUCCCUCUUCCCCUGCCAAGAUCCCCUAGAGCAGACAGUGAAGGUUCCAAAUACAACCUGCUAAUUGCCUCCACCACUUUGUACCUCUAUUCUACUGCUACUAAUUGUUUUGCAACUGCCAAAGCUCCAAUUUCAUCUGUAAAUCCUCCAAAUUCUCUGUACUCCAUCCCUCCAGCCCUGCUGCAGUGUUGCGCCAACCAAGCCGCAGGGAAGAACACUGAAAAUUAUCCAAACAGCUUCAUAAUCUAUUUUUUAAUUUUAUCUUUAAACCCAAAUAUGAAGAGAAAGAUGAUUUUUUAAAAAUUUUGUGUUGC